AUGAACUUAACACUAAACAAUUUGAGCAGUACAUCUAGUUUGAAAGCGUUAAAUGAGAAGCCUUUGCUUGUGCAGGUAGUGGUGGGUAUUCUCCUCUAUGUGAACGGACUGAUGAUUUUCACCUUUCUGAAGAAGGAGACCUUCAGGGACACACGCUACAUUCUGUUUGCUCAGACUCUUUUUGUAGACUCUGCUCUUAUGCUGUUGACUGACUUAACACUUAUGGGGAUGUUUUACCAGUACCCCGUGCGCAUGAUUCCUUGCUGUAUGAUCUGCUCACUUAUGAUGUUGCUCUCUCUUUGUUCACCCAUAACUCUUGUAGCGAUGUGUUUGGAGCGCUAUGUGGCGAUAUGUUUGCCUUUAAGACAUGCCAGCAUCUCUGCCCCCAAAAACACCUCCAUUGGGCUUCUCAUCAUAUGGGGUGUCAGUUCUGUUCUCCCACUGUUUAUUCUCAUAGUCUGUUUUGCUUAUCUUCCUCCAGGUGUCAUGUUCUCAUAUGUUGUAUGUAGUGUGGAGAUCAUGUUACAGGUAAAAUGGCUGGCGGACAUGAGGGCAGCGACGCUACAGCUCUUAUUCAUCAUGAUGUUGUGUAUUAUUGUCUCCACCUACAUCAAGAUUAUGAUCGCGGCCAGGUCAGCCUCAUCUGAGAACAAGAAGUCAACAAAUAAGGGUCUAAAAACUGUUCUUCUCCAUGGCAUUCAGCUGCUUCUGUGUAUGGCGCAGCUUAUAAUCCCUUAUAUAGAAAUGCCUUUAUGGAAAUUAGAUGUCAUGCUGUUUGCUAAUGUAAGGUACUCAAAUUUCGUUUUGUUUAUGAUCUUGCCUCGUUGUCUGAGUCCCUUAGUUUAUGGUUUACGAGACAAAAAGUUUUAUAAUGCUCUUAGAUAUUAUGCCUUUUGUGGCAUUUUAACUUUUAGUUGCCUGAUAAAUCUCAGCAAAAAAAAUAAAAAAAAAGACAUCCUCUCACUUUCAACUGCUUUUAUUUCCAGCAGAUUUCUUAAUGUGUAA